AUGGCCUCUAACAAGCUCGCGCUCGGUCUUGCAGUCCUUGGACUUGCUGCCGCUCAGAAGCCCGGAAACACCCCUGAUGUCCACCCUCAGUUGACGACGUACCGAUGCACUGUGGCCGAUGGCUGCAAGGAAUCGACCAACUACCUCGUCCUUGAUUCGUCUGCUCACUGGGUUCACCAAAGCAACAAUGCUGGCUGUGGUGACUGGGGAAACAAGCCGAAUGAGACUGCCUGCCCUACCAAGGAGGCAUGCGCUCAGAACUGCGUGAUGGAGGGUCAAACCGACUACACGAGCAUCGGCGUCAACUCGAACGGCUCCUCAUUAAACAUGCAGCUAAUCGUCGGCGACAACGUCGUUUCUCCCCGUAUCUACCUCCUCGACGAAGCCAAGGAGAAGUACGAGCUUCUCAAGCUCACGGGCUCUGAAAUCGCGUUCGACAUUGAGGCUAGCCACCUUCCCUGCGGUAUGAACAGUGCUCUCUACCUCUCCGAGAUGUUAGCGGAUGGAGGAAAGAGUGAAUUGAACACUGGUGGAGCUGCUUGGGGAACAGGUUACUGCGACGCCCAGUGCUAUGUGACCCCUUUCAUCAACGGUGAAGGCAACGUUGAGGGCAAGGGAGCCUGCUGCAACGAAAUGGACAUCUGGGAAGCCAACUCCCGCGCCAACCAAAUCGCGCCUCACCCCUGCAACCAGACCGGUCCUUACCUCUGCACAGGAGACGAGUGUGCCGCCGACGGUGUCUGCGACAAGAACGGUUGCGGAUGGAACCCGUACCGCCUAAACCAACCCGAGUACUACGGGCGCGGCGCAAACUAUACCGUAGACACGACCAAACCCUUCACCGUGGUAACCCAAUUCCCCGCUGACGAGAGCGGCAAGCUCAAGGAGAUCCACCGGCUCUACGUACAAGGCGAUAAAGUGAUCAAAGCCGAAGUCGUGAAGAAGGAAGGCGUGCCCGAAGUCGCGUUCACAAACGACGAGUACUGCACGGCAACCGGCGCGACCAAAUUCAUCGGUCUAGGAGCGCAUGAGCAAAUGGGUGAUGCGUUGACCCGAGGAAUGGUGUUGGCGUUUAGCAUCUGGUGGGAUGAGGGUGGUAACAUGUCGUGGCUCGACGGUGCUAAAGACGGUGCUGGUCCUUGCAAUGCUACCGAAGGAAACCCUACCAACAUCAAGAAGAUCGAGGCGCAUCCUGAGGUUACAUUCAGCAACCUGAAGUGGGGAGAGAUCGGAUCGACUUACCCUGCCAGUUCGAUACAAUGA